AUGACAACAACCCAACCGAUCUUGGUAUUGCGACACAUAUACGAGCCCGCUGUGCAGCUGUGCAGAACGGACAGCGUGGUCAGCGACUCAGCGCGAUGGCCGACCCGACGCUGAACGCGACUGUUUCCUGAGUUGAAGUGUGCGAAUACCUGCUUUUCGGCGAAGUGCUCGCCUCGACCUGCCUCGACUCGCCUGGCUCGCCCUCGCCAGCUCGCCCGCCUCGCGCGCGACCCCCACGCCCCACACGCCCCACCACCACCUCCUCAUGCGCAAAUGCGCGGGGCUCGAACUGGCUCGAAUCGCGCUCAAACCCCUCAAGCCCCACGUUUCGAUCCGCGACUAGCUCGGCCCCCAGACGGCCGUGUGCACCCACUGCAAGGCUCCGCACUGGGAGUGCGAAAGGUCGAAGUAGGCCGAAGUCGACCGGACACUUCAGCACGUGCUGCUCGCAGGGCAAGGGCGGCUACCUCCCCCUCCCCAGCCCAAUCCCGAGUAUCGAAAUCUACUUGAAGGCUCGAAUAGCGGCCAGUUGCUCCGUCCAACAACAUUCGUCUGCAGUAGACCCACAUGCUGAACUGUGCGACAACCUUCCCACGCACACAGAAGCUAAAGCGUUCCGCGAGAACGCCCGGUCGUACAACAACGCGUUGUCGUUUCCUUCGCUCGCUGCCCACUGGAACCAAACUCAAGUGGGCACGCUAGGACCUCCCGUGUUUCGCGUGUUUGUUCGCCUUUACCAUCGACUCGGCGCCCUGAUCCCUGCCGUGAAUCAACGCCCAGCCUUUGUCAAACAUGGCUGAUCGACCCGGCCGAGGCCAUCGACACUCGACUUGGACGCGACGGCGCAGACAGUCGCAUACAAAGAUCAACCUUGACCAAGUUCGAGUCCAUCCUGCGUACCGGCAAUUGCUUUGUGAGGGAGUUCGCAUCAGCCAAAGCUCGCGCAGGUUGGGAUACGGCCAAAGAGUGGAUCCUGCGCCUCUACCUCCCGCCAGGCCGAGACCGACGCACCCACAACCUUCUUACGUCAAGCACGGAAAUGGCGAUGCUUAUCUGCAAUUCCGACACCAACACGGGAGAUCGUGGACCGCAAGAUCUUAUUCUCCAGGUGCACGGUGAUCGAUGUCCCGAUGGUCGGCCCAAGUACCAAGUCGUUAGCUCGCUCCAUCCGUCCGCGAUGCAUCUCCAUUACCCACUACUAUUUCCUGCAGGGGAAAAUGACUUCCACCCCAACAUUCCUCUUUGCGGGUUCCACCAAGUCGGGCCGCCCAUCGCCAGAAACCGAGAGCAGAUCGACAAUGGUGUCCAAUUGCGCGAGGUACUUGCCGGUCUCGGUCUGGAUGACGAAGACGAAGAGGAGGACGAAGACCGCGACGAUGAGGAUGAAGACAGCGAGGAAGGUGAAGGUGAACGUAAGCGUCUUCGGCUCUUUCUCACGUCUUCCAUUCUGUUGAGAUGCAAGCACAGACUGACAUAGAAUGUCUGAACAUCUAGCACGAAGAUCAAGGAGAAGGGCUCGAGGUGGAUCAACCCGAGUCUUGCGUUCCCAAUUCUUUGCAUACUACUUUCACGAACGCGGCAACAAUCUCUCAAUCCCGCGUUCCACCCGGCGUCUCUUUCUCGAGGUUCGUGAUCGACGGAUACUCCCAAGUCGAGACCGAUCGACUGAACUCCAUCCGGUUGCAUCAAGAAAAUCUGCGCCUCACCACGGCCCAAGGCAUCGCUGAAGCUGUUGCCAACAGCUUGACCCCGGAUCAAAUGGGACGUUCGGUGAUUUUUGGGCUCGAUCAACGUUGAAGAACAGGCCGUGCGAGAUCACGCAGGUUACCAAGGUACGAUGGCUUGCGUCGUCAAAUAUGAAAAGCCUUCACUGUUCAUCACGGUGACGUGCAUCCCCGGACGGCCGGAAAUCCAGGCUGCACUCGGGCCAAAGGACCAAGCAUGCAACCGUCCGGAUCUCAUUGCACGAGUGUUUGAAGCCAAGCUGAACCGACUCUGCGACGACGGCAACAAGCAAGGUGCAGGCUGUUUCGGCGUCGUUCUGAUGCAUACACACGUGAUCGAUUAUCCGUCGAGGCAGCCGAAACUGAGGAUGGGAUGGCGCCCGAUCUGAUUUCGCCGGUGUAUCUGCAUUCAAUCAACCCGUCCGGCGACUUCCCCGCGCAUCACUUGCGUCUCAAGGAAGGGAUCCCUGUAGUUCUUCUUCGCAAUCUGGACCCAGACGCCGGCCUCUGCAACGGUACUUGCCUUAUCGUCUUGCACGCAAGAUCCCAAGUCAUUCCAGCCAUCAUCUUGACCGGAGAUUGA